GCUGGAGGGGAUUCCUAUCCACUCUGCCUCGCGUCUCCCAACCGACUACUGGAACUGAGCUGAAUAAGAACAAACCUCAGACAACAGCCUACCUGGCAUUGAAACACACUAUCUGGCAUUGAAACAAAUAGGAACCUCCUGGACUAUUACUUAACUUUUGUUGGUGGACAACGUGUAUCUUGAGGGAAACAUGCUUCUGUACCCUGACCUUCUGGCUCUGCUCUUCCUCCAGCUUGCCCUCUCCAGCCCGUGGACGCUAGCCUCCCGGCUGCCCCCUCGCAGAGGAGGGAGUCCCUCCAGUAAGGACUUACAGGGGGCUAGGGCCCCCAACCAGAGGCAGCAGUCUGGGGAGCUCAGCACCCCCGUCCUGUUCCUGGGGGAGCCCUGUGGGGUCUACACCCUGAGCUGUGCCCGUGGACUCCGCUGUGCCCCACCACUGGGAGACCCCAGCCCCAUCCAGGCCCUUCUGCAGGGCAGGGGAGUCUGCAGCAACGCCAGUGGGCCCAGCCCUUCUGAGAGUCCCCAGCCCACAGGUAAGACACCUACUACAGCACAGAGGGAGACGCCACUCAGUUACAUCUGGUGGGGUGGAGGAGGGGGUACUGUAAAUUGUAACUAAAAUCAAUGCUAGAUUUAGCUUUUGCGGAUAGUUCACAUGACCAUGUUAUGGGCUGUAUAACAAGGGCCCAGAGUUUAUCCUUGUUAGGAUAUGGACAUGACACCAGCGCUGUAUAUCUUAGACAAAUACAUAAAUGUUGCUCUAAUGACUGUUGUGACAAGAAAGGUCCCGAUUGUGAGAUUGUAUUGGCCUGUGGAAGUGGAAAAUGUGUAGCUUCAUCAGAAGUAAGCUUCAGAAAAAAUACAGCUAGGUCGUAAUGGAGCACACAAUUGGCACUUACAGUAGUUUACAUUGGAGACAGAGUCAAGAUCAAUAUGCAGUGCUCCAAACUCAGCCACAAGACUUAGGAUUUCUUUCAAAUAAAUCUAUGCUCAGACUCCACCAGGAAUUAAUUUGUUUUGUGUGUGGGAAAUGUUCUCCUCUUAAAUAAUCCCAAUUACGUCAUGAUAACCUCAAAUCACCAGCAGCUGGUAAUUUUACUAUACAACCUGUUUGUGCCAAUCUGUGAACAUGAUAUGUGACUCUACCUACUGGUUUGUCUCUGCCACUGCAUUUAUCAGAUAUCUCAGUAAUCAGUUACUGUGGUAAUGUAAUCCAUUACUAUGCUAAAGCUGUUGUCAUGUAUUUUUCCAGCCACACACUCGACACCCACUGAAGACCUGGAGAAGGUAAAAUUCCUUACUUAAGACAUUUCAUAAUGAGGACAAGUUGUACAUACAAAUGUGAGGAGGAUUGUGUUGAGCGAUAAAAUUGAAAGACAAUAAAACAUGCACCUGAGGUAGUGGCGGGGUUUUAAUAAUGAGAACCAGCUCUCUCUCCGUCUCUCUCUCCUUCUCUCUCUAGGCUCCGUGUCGUAGGCUGCUGAACACUGUACUUAAAGGUCUUGAGCCCCUGGUCUUCCAGUCAGACCGUGGUGAUAUCUAUAUGCCUAACUGUGACAAGCGUGGUUUCUUUAGAAAGAAACAGGUAGGUCUAGAAGCAGACUGAUUUAUGCAUGUAUAGCAGAGGUGGUUCGCCAAACUAUGCUUGCAUGAUGAGUAACCUUGCCUAAGCAGGAGCUCAGUGGGCCAACUCAAUCUUGAGUUGCAGGCUGGACUCGAUAGUUGAUGCCUGGUCAGUAAUGUUUGUGUGUAAGUGUUUGAGUGUCGUUGUUGUGUCCUCUACAAAACUGCACAUCUCUAAUAGGCUUUAUCUCUGUGUGGCAGUGUCGGUCGUCUCGGGGCAUGCGCCGCGGUCACUGCUGGUGUGUGAAUGAGAGUGGCAUGCCAACAUCAUCACACACAAGCCCAGAGGGCACCCUGAUCUGUGACAAUGCAUGAGAGGGCACUGCCCAGUCCAACACACCCUGAAGUCUGGAAUAUUGACCAAUGGGUGAGGAUCGAGAGGAAGAGCAAGAUGAGGAGAAAAGAGAGGGAUAGAGGAAGAACAGGAGAGCUGCCCAAUGUGCUGGACACUAAAUGGCCAAUACAAGCAAAAUUCACACUUACUGCAUCCCAAAUAGCACC